AUGUCUGUCGAGCAAAUCGCCACUUCGCUUCCCAUCAUCAGUGGGAAGUCAACACCUCAACAUCCUCUUGGCCCAUUGACUGCCAGCGAAAUCAAAGAAUCGUCACGGCUCAUCAAAUCAGCAUGGCCUUCAGAUGUUAACAUUCAGUUUAAGAGUAUCACUUUGCAAGAGCCUCAAAAGGCUGAGUUAUUGCAUUUCUUGGCUGCCGAACACAGUGGUCAAGCGACCCCCACUAUCGAGAGGCGAAGUUUUGUCGUGUAUUACCUGCGCAAUACUGAUAAACUUCACGAAGCUGUAGUCAGUCUGAGUGCUGGAAAGGUUGAAAGUAAUCUUCGUCUUGGUCCAAAUGUACACAGUAACGCAGAUGGCGACGAGAUUAUUGCCGUCGAGCGAAUUGCACUUGAAGAUGAGAAAGUCCAAGCAGAGAUUAAGAAGCUCCAAUUGCCAGAAGGAACAGUAGUCAUCAGUGAUCCAUGGAUUUAUGGAUCUGAUGGUAUCAAUGAGGGCCUAUUCUCGGACGACAAGCGAAUGUUCCAAUGCUUCCUCUACGUUCGGGAUCCAAAUAACUCUUCACAGGCAGAUAGUAAUCACUAUGCCAUGCCACUUAGCAUCUCUCCAGUCGUCAGCGCAGAGACGAUGAGAGUGACAAGAAUUGAUAUCUUACCAACAGGAAUUGAUAACACCAUCAAAGAACCAUCACCAUACAAAGUACAGCCACCAAACGAAUAUAUCCACGAAGCUCAAGAGCUCCGAACAGAUUUGAAACCUCUUAAUGUCGUCCAACCAGAAGGUGCUUCUUUCAAGGUCUCCAACUACAGCGAACAGGGCCACAACAUCGAAUGGCAGAAAUGGACCUUCAAAGUAGGUUUCAACCAGAGAGAAGGAAUGGUCUUAUACGAUGUCCACUACGACGGUCGACCACUUUUCUACAGACUCUCCCUUUCCGAUAUGAACAUCCCAUACGCAGACCCUCGCCACCCCUUCCACAAGAAAGCGGCAUUCGAUCUCGGAGAUGCUGGAGCAGGAAUUAUGGCCAACAACCUCCAAUUAGGAUGUGACUGUCUCGGCUCAAUCCACUACCUCUCCGCUGUCCUCAACGACGACAAAGGAGAACCACUCGACAUGCCCAACUGCGUCUGUAUUCACGAACAAGACAACGGCAUCGGAUGGAAACACACCAACUACCGCACCGGUCGAGCAGCCGUAGUCCGUAACCGCGAACUAGUCCUCCAAUCCAUCAUCACCGUCUCCAACUACGAAUACAUCCUGGCAUUCAUGUUCAACCAAGCCGGCGAAGUAACCUACGAAGUCCGCGCCACCGGUAUCCUCUCCACCCAACCCAUCGACGAAGGCAUUUCUGUCCCAUUCGGAACCGUCGUCCACCCCGGCGUCCUAGCAGUCCACCACCAACACAUCUUCUCCCUCCGCGUCGACCCCAUGAUCGACGGCCCCCUCAACCGCGUGGUCUACGACGAAGCCCACGCAAUGCCACGCUCCGACUUCAACCCCCACGGCGUUGGCUACACCGUGUCCGAAACGCCCAUCACGACCUCGGGCGGCUACGACCUCGACUACGACGUGAACCGCACCUUCAAAAUCCAAAACUCCGCCAUCAAAAACCCCAUCAACGGCAAACCAGUCGCCUAUAAGAUCCACGCCCCGCCGUUCCAGAAAAUGCUCGCAGACCCACAAUCCUACCACCACAAACGCGCCGAGUUCGCCGACCACAACAUCUACGUGACAUCCUACCGCGACGACGAGCUGUACGCCGGCGGGAAAUACACGAAUCAGUCCCGCGGCGGCACCGGCGUGCGGAGUUGGGCGGACCGCAAGGACGACGUGCAGGAUCAGGAUAUUGUGGUGUGGGUGCAGUUCGGCAUCAACCACGUCCCGCGCAUCGAGGAUUUCCCUGUUAUGCCAUGCGAGAUCCUGAAGGUGUCCUUGAAGCCGGUGAAUUUCUUUGAGAGGAAUCCCGCGAUCGAUGUCCCGCCUAGCACGCAGACUUUUAAUAAGAGUGUGCUUGCUAGUGUGGCGCAUCAGCAGGAGGUGGGGGAGGCAGUUGUGGGUGGGGAUGGCGAGUGUUGUGUUAGGGAGAGUAGUAAGUUGUAG